AUGGGUGUUCCUGACUCUUUUGUACACUCAAAGGAGACUUUUGGCUCAUCAAAUUUAAUGUAGGACUCUUUGAUACCCUCAGAUAUAGUGAUAAGCGUAACUUAUGCAUAAGAAAUGGGUGCUUUUCAUUUUUCGGGUAGAGAAAAAAUUGAGUAAAAACAAGCCAGCGGUUCAAGAGAAACAAGUGAUAAUGAGAAUUUUUUGGUUGAUUUGUCUCAAAAGUAAAAUUAAUAAUAAUUAUAUUAAAUAUUAAUGUUUGCCUAGAGAGUACUUUUUAUCAUGUUAUCAUGCUAUCUCACUUUUCUUAAUUCCUAAUAAGAAGCAUCUCUUAAUUAAGCAAGUGCAUCUCAGGAUAAGUUAAAUUCAAAGAAUGGUGAGGAUAAUGGUCUACUAAGUUAGUAGAUAAGAACUUUACAAUAAGAAGAUUCUUUAUGUAGAGAAUAGGCUGGAAUAUAAGAAGGUGGAAUUUACUAUGAAGUCAAUAGUAUUAAAGCUAAGAAUGGAUAUAAAGAAUUUAAAAUUGCUACUGUCAGACCACAAAAAAAUAUGCCGCAUACCGAUAUCAUAUCUUAUGUGAUUUUCGAAACAAAUUCUUGGGAGGAUCAUAAUUCUAUUUAAAUUGUAAAUGCUCUGAAAAAGAUUUCUAUUUAAUAUCCUGACUAUAAAAUAGCUUUGUUGGACAUAGGAGCUAAUCUUGGAUGGUUCACAUUCAUGGCUGCUUCACUUGAUUACAAUGUUAUUGCAUUUGAACCAUUAGAUCAAAACUAUAAGGCUAUAGAAUAUGCAAUGUGUCUUAACUAAAAUGUAAGCAAUCUCAUAUAACUAGAGAAAUUCGCCUUAGGUGCUAAAAAUGAGACUUGCAAUUUAUAUUCACAGCCCCAAAACACAUAAAAUGGAAUUAUUAGAUGCGGUGAUGAUAUUAAUGACCAUUCUAAAGUAGUUGACGUUUCUAAUGUUAUUUUAAGAUAGGAGGUACCUAUAAGAACCUUAGAUUCGUAUACGAAAACCAUAUCACCCGAUAUUAAGAUUGGAGUCUUAAAAAUUGAUGUUGAAGAGUUUGAAUAUGAUGUGUUUGUGGGAGGGAAAAAUUUUCUGAAAGAGCAUAAAAUACCUUAUAUUGUAUAAGAAUAUAGUCUUAAAAGUUAUGGCGCUCAUUAAGAAGACCAUUUUAACUUAUUUAAAGACUUGGGCUAUGAGGCAAGACUGACAUCAUUUAAUGGAUAGGGGUUCAAAACUUUCAAUGAACUAAAAGAGGAAAUAAGAUCAUAGGUAGGAGAUAACUAAAUUGAGGUAUAUUUUGUUCUCAGCACAUUUGAAAGCUAGUGUGUGGGCUCCAAUCCUAAUGAUACCUGCAAUAGCUACCAAUGA